AUGAAACAACCAAAUAACCUUUUAUUUUCCUUUUUGUUCAACCAUCACCGUUAUUCAGGGGAAAAGAAGAAGUCUAACGAACCCCUGGCGCUGGCAGCUCUGCACAAUUUUGACCAGCUUGUCCCAGGAAACUGCCUAGUGCCGGAACACGUGGAGAUGCGAAAGUUGUUGCAUCCAGAGAAGGGUAGUUUGGAACAAGGACGACUUAUGAUGUGGGUUGAUAUGUUCGACAAGGACCUUGGAAAGCCGCCAGAACCGGUGGACAUCACACCAAGGGCACCGGAGAAGUGGGAACUCCGUGUCAUAAUCCACAAUACAGCUGACGUUGUCCUGAACGACACAUCGCUUUUCUCGAAUGAACGCAGCUCCGACAUUUACGUCCGUGGUUGGAUGAAAGGUGUUGGUUUCGAUGACCAGAAGACAGACGUUCAUUAUCGGUCUCUCUCCGGGGAGGGCAACUUCAACUGGCGGUUUAUCUUCCCCUUCGAAUAUGUGAGACAGGAAGAUUCGAUUGUAUAUCGGGUCAAGGGACCCUUUGAUUUGGAGUCAGUAGAAGUGAAGGCACCCUGUGAAUUGUCACUUCAGGUCUGGGACGCCGAGUUGGUUAAAAACGACAAAUUUCUGGGUUCUAACAAACUGAGGCUCCGGCGAAUGCCAAGACCAGCAAAAACGCCCGAGACUUGCGGACUUCACCAACUGGACAAAGAAUGCCAGCAGGUAUCUUUGUUUGCCAACAAGACCAUCCGGGGCUGGUGGCCACUCGUCAUUAUGGACGACGAGGAGGAAGAACUUGUAGUCCAAGGUAAAGUGGAAGCUGAACUGCAGUUGGUCCCAGGUGUGGAUGCAGAAACCGCGCCCGUGGGCAAAGGCCGAGAGGAUCCCGACGCACUUCCUGCACCAAACCGACCAGACAGCUCCUUCAUGACGUUCCUGGGUCCCUUGAAUACAAUUAAAUAUCUCAUCAAAUAUAAGCUCAAGUGGUUGCUGAUCAAACUUCUCAUAGCAUUCCUUCUCAUCCUCAUUGUCUUCCUCCUCAUCUACACCUCGCCCGGAUGGAUUACCAAGAAGAUUUGGAAUGCCUAA